AUGGCCACAAUACGGAAACGUGCCGCGGAUCCGAGUGAAGGCGGUGACGCACUGCCUCUGAAACGAUCAAUAACUGAAGGUUAUCAUAAUUUUUCCAUAGUCUGUUUAGCUGGUCGACCGGUGCGUAUUUAUGCGGAUGGCAUAUACGAUCUGUUCCAUCAUGGUCAUGCGAAUCAGUUGAGGCAGGCAAAGAACGCCUUCCCAAAUGUUUAUCUGAUUGUUGGAGUGUGUGGUGAUAAGAACACUCAUAAGUACAAAGGUCGCACGGUGACAUCGGAAGAGGAACGAUAUGAAGGAGUGCGUCAUUGCCGCUACGUUGACGAAGUAUAUCGGGAUGCACCGUGGUUUUGCACUGUGGAAUUCUUGAAGGAAUUGAAGGUGGACUUCAUCGCCCAUGAUGCGAUACCAUAUGUAGCGCCAGGAGAGGAAGAUCUCUACGAGAAGUUCAGGAGGGAAGGUAAUUUUAAAGCCGAAGCAAUCUUUUUUCACUGA